AUAGAAAAGUGAAACUCCUUUUUGAUUUUCGGGAGAAAAAAAAAGAGGAAGAAGAAAGAAGAGAACCACCCGGCACCCGCCUCCUGAAUUUUCCUCCAAAUUCCCAGCAAUCGUUUCCAAAAGUUUUUUUCCAUAUUAAAACGAUAUACAGAGUAGAAAGGGAAUCGAUGGAGGAGGGUGGUUCGACUGGAGAAGAACCCGCGAGCUGGGACGAUCUCUACAGUGUCAAUUUGAUGCCUUCUGAGUUUUUCUUCAAGUUCAGGAAAGAAGUCGAAGGCUUUCGUGUUGGCCUCAAUCUGGAGUUCUACAAUGCUCCAAGCAAUGAGUUUCUGCCAAAACUGGUUUUGAAGCCUUUAUCUCCUGACCGGAGAUGGAAAUUCAUAUACGAGCCUUUGCAUCAUGAAGUCCGAGUUCUUUCAACAAAGAUCCCUCUCACCAAGUUCUUGAAUCUUUAGGUAGGAGUUGGCCAUAGCUUUCAGUCUCAUGCAAUUGGCUGGAAAUGGAGGCUUAGUUCUUGCUUCGGCGGCGAUGGCAUGUCUAGGAUUCGGAAUAAGACAUUGCUUGGCCUGUGCCCGGGUGUGGAUUUUCGGUUCGGGUGGAAAGCUGAUUAUGCUCUUCCAGAAAUUACCGGGGGUUUAGGUACUGAGGAACCGUUGUUCAACUUGAAUUCUGGACGGUUGCAAGCAUCACUUGAUAGAGUUGAAGCCAUUUUUACCCACUGAAGAAUGUUGUUUUGGCAUCGUUUUUUGCUAUUGCCAACAAAACACCUUCAAGUAAAGGCUUACUUGAUAGAGAAGCUCACAAUCUUCUUUAGUGUUUGUGCCCCCCCCCACCCCCGACAAGAACACACUUUGGUAAAAUUUCAUAUUCAAUUUUAGGACAACAAUUUUAUUUUGAGUACCUAUUUGGUAGCACUCUUUUUAUGUAAAUCAGAUUAGUCAUUUUUCCUUCGAAUUUCAAAAUACGGGUCCUCAAAAUAAAAUCGUUGGAAUGAA